AUGUCCUGUUGCACGUCCUGUUGCACGCCCACAUCCUGUCGCACAUAUAGGUCCCAUCGCACGUAUAGGUCCCGUCGCACGUAUACAUCCUGUUGCACGUCCAUGUCCUGUUGCACGUCCUGUUGCACGCCCACAUCCUGUCGCACAUAUAGGUCCCAUCGCAC